AUGACCUUAGUGCACAGCCGUGUGCCUGCCAGUGGCCCACUGGGUGUCCUGUGCUUAUGAGACUCUUCAGAGAAGUUAAGGGUGAAUGACGAAGAGCAUGUAAUGAAUCUCUCAAGUUCCACUUACAAAUAUAGGAGUGAGGAAUUCAAGAGGCAGUUUUCGCAUCUGCCAGACUCUGAGAGACUCAUAGUAGAUUAUGCCUGUGCGCUCCAGAAGGAUAUCCUGCUGCAAGGACGCUUGUAUCUCUCUGAAAACUGGCUCUGUUUCCACAGCAACAUUUUCCGAUGGGAGACCACAAUUUCUAUUGCCUUGAAGGAUAUCACUUUCAUGACAAAGGAGAAGACUGCUCGGCUUAUUCCAAAUGCCAUACAAAUAGCAACAAAAGGAGAGAAGUUUUUCUUCACAUCAUUCAGUGCAAGAGACAGAAGCUACCUCAGUAUCUUCCGCUUAUGGCAGAAUGUGUUGCUGGAUAAGAGGCUGACCAAGCAGGAGUUCUGGCAGCUGGUGCACCAGAGCUAUGGCUCUGAGCUGGGCCUGAACAGUGAGGAGAUGGAGAGCUUCCACUCUUCGUCUGAAGACAACGGGCAGCCUCGAUCCAGCAUUUGUGAUGAUUCUGGAGAAAGGGAUGAAAAGCUACCUAAAAUGAUUGGUUUGGUUCGCGAACCUGUGCUUCAAACAGAAGGAGAGUUACUCAAUAGACACGUCUUGCCAGGAGUGGAGGAGUCCCCAAGUGAGAAGCAAAUAAAGAAGAGCCCUCUUCCAUCUUCAGAAAGAAAACCUGUUAAACUAGUCAGGAGCAGGUCUUUAGAGAAGUCCUUAGACCUGAAUGAGAAUGAAAAUCUUCCAGAGAGGAGCAGUGCCUCAGACAGUGAAGAAGUAGCGAAGGAGGCUGUCUCUGAGAAUGAUCUCUAUGGGAGACUUUUUAUAAACAGAGUUUUCCACAUCACUGCAGACAAGAUGUUUGAAAUCCUUUUCACAAAUUCUCACUUCAUGCAGAGGUUUCUCAAUUCCAGGAGUAUAGUAGAUGCUGUAUCAACCCCUUGGAAUAGAGAUUCCAGUGGCAAUCAGUUGAGGACUUUGACAUACACUGUAACGAUUAACAAUCCACUUUGUGGGAAGUUCACAACUGCGACUGAAAAGCAGAUCCUGCAUAAGCAGAGCCAGAAAGGUCAGUCUUAUCAGGUGGAUGCUGAGAUACUGACCCAUGAUGUCCCCUACCAUGAUUAUUUCUACACUGUGAGCAGAUACUGCAUCAGCCGCACAUCCAGUCACAAGUGUCGAUUACGGGUUUCUGCAGAAGUGAAGUAUAAAAAACAGCCCUGGGGCCUUGUCAAGUCUGUAAUCGAGAAGAAUACCUGGGGAGGAAUACAGGAAAACUUCAAACAACUUGAAUCAGAUCUCCUAAUGGAGGAAUAUGCAAUUAAUCAGUCCAUAGAAGACUCUGGAAAAUUAGUUGCCCUGAGACGAAGACGACGCACUUUACAUCGGAGUCUGGCAGAUUCACUUCCUAAACACUCUUCCCAGCACUCCUAGAUGGGAGUAGAGUCCCAGGGCAGCAUAAUAGGAAGGAAAAGAGAUGCUGUAAGUAGGACCACCACCAUCAUUGUAGUAAUGAGUGUCUUUUUGCUGCUCUUGGUCUUGUUGAACAUAACACUGUUUCUCAAACUGUCAAAGAUAGAGCAUGCAGCUCAGUCCCUUUAUCAUGUCCAGCUUCAGGAAGAAAGCUCUCUGAACGUAUCCCCAGAAAUGGUAUCAAAAGAGGAGAUCCCUCAAUAUGAUAAGGAACAGGUUAAACAUGUGAAGGGAGUUUUAAGAGACUCAAUUGAAAUGCUUGAGCAGCUAAAAAGCUCCCUUUCCACGCUCCAGAGAAGCUUUGACCGCUUGAACAGAACACAGAGCAGCAAGACAGAGAGUUAA